AGCACAACUGCGUUUCUCUCUGAGCUCUCUGUUACAUCUCCUACAAGCCUGUCUACAAGUAGAGAAGAGAAGCUCAGAAAUGGAAGCAGAGCCAUUGGUCUCAACAAUACGUAUCUCGCUAACCAUACACUUCCUCUCGCGCACAACCAGUCAACCUCCCUCUCCAUGUGAGCUUUCCACGGCUCUCUAAUUUUACCAAAGCACUAAAAAAAUCCAAAAGCACAAACAUACGUAAUUAAAAAGCCGGGUUGUUGAGAAAUUGCUUGCUUUUGAUCUUGGCGUUUUGGUAAUUAAUGAGUGCGGUGGUGAAAGGACCGCCACCGUUGAUUUGUGGCCCGCCGCGGGGCGAUGAAUCUGGACCGUUGGCGGUGCAGUCGUUGUCGGUGGCGAAGCUAGGUUUUUUAAGGGUGAAGGGAAGCAAUGCGAUUGGAUCCACGUUUUUGAGACCGAUUCAGGCAAUGGAGGACUCUAGCGUUUCUUUGAGGAAUGAUUGCGCCGCCAUUUCUGAAAUCUGCGCCAGAUGUCAACCAUGGAGAAUCCAACAAACAUUGUGUGGCAUAAAAGCCCAGUGGAGAAACUUGAUAGGCAACAUUUACUUCAGCAGAAAGGCUGUGCCAUAUGGAUUACUGGUCUUAGUGGUUCAGUUAUACUUGCAUAGCAGUAAUCAUGCUGCUGGUAUAACCCUUCUGGAAUUAUACAUCUCAAUAACCAGAAGGCAAGGUGAUGAUACCUACAUGAAAGGAAAAAGCACUGUGGCAUGUGCUUUGAGUCAAGGCUUGCACAUGAGAGGAAAGCUGACCUACAUCCUUGAUGGUGACAAUGUUCGGCAUGGUCUAAAUCGUGAUCUUAGUUUCAAAGCAGAAGAUCGUGCAGAGAACAUACGAAGAAUUGCUGAGGUAGCUAAGCUCUUUGCGGAUGCUGGCAUCAUUUGUAUUGCUAGUUUAAUAUCUCCAUACAGAAAGGACCGAGAUGUCUGCCGUGCAUUAUUUCCUGAAGGGGAUUUUAUUGAGGUGUUCAUGGACGUGCCACUCCAUGUGUGUGAGAAUAGGGACCCGAAGGGCCUUUACAAGCUUGCUCGAGCUGGAAAAAUCAAAGGUUUUACAGGGGUUGAUGAUCCAUACGAGCCACCAUUAAAUUGUGAGAUAGUAUUGCAGCAGAAAGGCAGGGACUGUGCCCCCCCAGGUGAGAUGGCUGAAACCGUGAUAUCGUACUUGGAGGAGAAGGGGUAUCUGCAGGCGUAAUAGAAGACAAGGGCUUCCAGUUCUUUGGCGCCAGGGCUGCUUCUACCUGUAUCAUAACAUCCUGCAAAAAAAACCCUUUAGUUUUUCCAGUCAAAAAAUAAAACUAAAAUGUUUCUCCUUCCUUGUGGAUAGGAAAUUGCUCGUUUCCUGCGUACUCCAGUUCCAUCCAUCAAAUUAAUUAAUCGAUCGAUUAAUCAAUUUUAUUUGGUUCGAAAGCUGCCUUGUGCAAUGUGGCUUUCGAGACCACCCAGAUUGCAAUAAAGCAGUGGAACUUGGGAAGGAGUUUCAUGUAUUCAUUUGUGCAAUUGUGUAAUGAGAUUUAACAUGUAGAAUAAUUUUUGCAUAGCUGCUGCACUGCUUGCCUGUACUCGCUAAACUUUGCCUGUAUUGUACGUAUAUUUGUUGAUUGAAAUAUCUUAGCAAAAUGAAAAGCCCAACGAAAAACUGAACAGUUUCAAUGAAAA